CCCUCGGCUCUCUCGCUCCCUUGUUUCACUAUGGCUCGUCACUUUAACUUUAUUUCGGUGUUUUAGUGUUUGCUACAUUUUUUCACCGGGACUAGCGGGCUCCAGCUGGCUCCCGCAGCUCAACUCGACGCUAUGUUUUCCAUCACCGGCUCUCGGGGCUUCUAUAUGGCUCCUCUGUCCAAAGGCCUUCUUCUGGUUCUCAACGGACUGACUGUGAUGCUCACCCUGCUGCCGCAGUACCAACAACUGUUUGACUACAACCUACGGGCUGUAAAGGAGCAGCACCAUGUGUGGAGGUUGUUGUGUGGCCGGCUCGUCUGUUUGGAUGUGAAAGACUCCUUUUGUAGCAGCCUGCUCAUUUACAACUUCCGAAUCUUUGAGAGGAGGUUUGGCACCAGGAAGUUUGCGUCCUACCUUUUUGGCACUUGGUGUCUGUCUGCACUCAUGGACUUCCUGUUGGCCCAGGCUUUUCAGUUUCUAUUUGACUACGAGGUGGAGGAACUGCCUGCAGGACUGCUCGCCCCAGUCUUCUCUCUGUUUGUGCCUUUUUACCUGUCCAUUCCCAAGAUACCAGUCACUCAGGUCAUGGGCCACAUCCACAUCACCAGCAAGUCUCUGGUCUACAUAGUAGGCCUGCAGCUGUUGACAUCCAGCCCAUUUAUGUGGCUUCUUGCCCUGAGUGGAUUGAUUUCAGGUGGGCUCUACUACUCCAAUGUUCUCCACGUACAGAAGUUCCUUUUUGUACCUGUCUGGGUGUCUCGCAUUGGACGGUGUACUCUGGAGCCAGUCUUCUCAAGCUCCCAGCCAACCAGUGAGACUCCUCUGGGCAUGGGUGCCACUCUGGACAUCCAGAGGCAGCAGAGGAUGGAUCUGCUUGACCAGCAGCUGCUGCUGGCCCAGUACAACGAGGCCAGGAGGAACACAAGACCUCAGCAACAGCCUGGUUUGUUACAAUGGACCAGGUUGUUUCCGUCCCUGAGACAAAGAGGACAGAACAGACCCCCAAUGCAGCCCCACCCCCAGGCUCAGACACAACCAUCCACUCAGACACACCCAUCCACUCAGACACCGCCGCUGGACAACUCGCCCUCACCCUCACCUGUCGCAGAGGAGCAGGUCGCACGCUUGGUGGAAAUGGGCUUUUCCAGGAUGGAUGCCCUCGAGGCCCUCAGAGCUUCAAACAACGACAUCAACAUGGCAACCAACUUCCUCUUGCAACACUGAGAGAGAAAGAGAGGGGGAGAAUGAGAGCCUUGUCAGAGGAAAACAGAGAAAGCAGAAAGAGAAGCAACCAAAGCAUAAAAAAGGGGGUAAACGCAAAACAACAGAAUGAAAGUAAUGAGAAGGCAAAAGGAAAUUUGUACAGAUAAUCGUCUGUGUCGCUGAGGCAGUGUUUGGCCGGUCUGACAUGAACUGAGCCCGACAGCAGGCUGAUUAAUGAAGAAGUGCGAAGCACAAAAGUGGGAGACGUUUGUGUCAUAGCUUUCUGAUGAUCAUCGCAGUGUGAAACAGGCAUCGUUGCUCAAGGCAGAGGAGUUAGACUUCCAACCCUGAGGGACUCCCAUUGAAACGUGCAGAAAACACAGCGCUUAUUUUGGUUUUUUUUAACUGUACAACUUCAGCGCAUCCUAAUCGUCAAUCCAAUGGAGGAAGUAAAAAAAACUGAAAAAAUGUCUUCAAAGGGGGCUGAAUAUGAAAUAUGUCAAACUGUACUGCAACCCCGACUCAAAGCACUGGAGAGCGGUAGAUGCCAGUUGCCGGAUGUUACUGAAACACAAAACAAGGAGCUACCCGUGUUACACUGUGUUCAUUUUAGAAACACACACAUAACUGUCCUACCGUUUUGUUUUUUUUUGAGCAUAUUUGGUUGAUUGUCAUCAAUCGACAUCAGGCAGAGCUUAAACGUUUGUCCCAGAAGAGAAAUAAGAGACAAGGCAACAAUAAUGGACUGUUUAAACUUUAAAUAUGCUGGAUAUGAACUGUCCACGUCUACAAGAGAGAGGAGGAGAGACGCACAGUUCCACACCACCAUCAUCUGUCUUCACGUUCCUCUCCACUCUUAACCGUCUGUUUCUCCUCUCCUCUGGUCAAGACUUUUUUGAGCGGGGUAGUGAGCCCUUCUACGUGUGCUAAUAUUACUUAUGUCCGGCUUACAGCUGCAGCUUUCUGUUGGACAGCAGGCCAAAACACCAAAUCAAAACAACAACACAAGUUUGUAGGCCUUAAAUUACUAUUUCAUUUGCGAAUAAACUGGCUGUACCAUG